UCGGCCUCACAUCCGGUUCCUGUAUUUUAUCUUUGUUUCUGUUUUUGACAGUGACAACAUUGUUUGUUAAUGUUCCAUCACGAAUGAACGUUACGUCCCACUUUUAGCAAGGAAAAGAACACCCUCCUAUUUUGAAGUGCAAAUCAAUUGGAUGUUAAAAAACAAAAACAAACCCUCCUAUGGAAGAAAAAUAAAACGAAUCAUUAAAAUCUGGUAUCUGAUCAUAUUGAAAUGAUGUAGCGAAGACUAAGAAACGGUGUUACCAAUGGUAUCGAAGAUCUUAUAUUUAUAUCACUUCAGUUCUGUUGCUGCGACAUAUUUCUUGGGAGUUGCAAUUAAUUCUUCACAUUGACUGUUCAUAUACAACUUCUUUGGGAUUUUACUGAUGGGUGUAACAAUCAGAUUUACCGAAACAUCUUUAAAAUGUUUCCUUACAGUUGGAACACCUUUUUGACUUUGACGAAAAUCUCAUUCGAAGAAAACAUAGUGUUUCAUCAUCAUCAUCAUCAUCGUUUAAUGUCUGCUUUCCAUGCUAGCAUGGGUUGGACGAUUUGACUGAGGACUGGUGAAACCGGAUGGCAACACCAGGCUCCAAUCUAAUUUGGCAGAGUUUCUACAGCUGGAUGCUCUUGAUUGGAAUUAUUUCGAGAAACAUUUCUCUGUUGAAAAUUAUAAAAAAAAAAAAGUAGUUUUUUUUGUUUUGAAGAAGAUUUGAGAUUAUGGAAGAGACACAGAUUAAGAAUCAGAGGCGCAAGAAAAAUAUGCUUGGGAAGAAUGAUGUUUGCCAUGAAAGUGAGGAUGAUACAAAGAAGAUGUCAUUUGUCUGUGACAUCUGUACAAAGUCUUUCCAAAUAAGGUCAUCUUUGAUUAGACAUAAAAAAUCUCUUCAUACUGAUUCUGAACCCUAUGUUUGUGACGUAUGCGAUAAAACAUUCUCCACAAAUCAAUGUUUACUGAACCACAAACGUAUUCACGCAAGAGUGAAACUACAUCACUGUGAUACUUGUGGCAAAACCUUCUCCCAGAACAGUCAUUUAUUGAUCCAUGUACGUUUUCACACAGGAGAGAAACCGUAUCACUGUGAUAUUUGUGGUAAAGCAUUUUCCAUAAGUGGUCACUUAACCAAGCAUAUACGUAUUCACACAGGAGAGAAGCCAUACCACUGUGAUAUCUGUGAAAAAACUUUCUCUGACAGUAGUUCUUUCACUAAACACAAACGUAUUCACACUGGAGAGAAACCAUACUGUUGUGAUGUUUGUGGUAAAUCUUUCUCGGCCAAUGAUUAUUUAUCCAAACACAUUCGUAUUCACACAGGGGAGAAGCCAUACCGCUGUGAUAUCUGUGGUAAUGCAUUCUCUGUUGGAAGUUCUUUAUCCAAGCAUAAACGUAUUCACACUGGAGAAAGACCAUACCACUGUGAUAUCUGUGACAGCAUCUUCUCCACCAGUUUGUCUCUAUCUAGACACCAACGUAUUCACAGAGGGGAAAAACCAUACCAGUGUGAUAUUUGUGGUAAGGCCUUCUCUCAAAAUAGUAAUUUAUCUAGCCAUAAACGUAUUCACACAGGAAAGAAACCAUAUCGUUGUAAUUUCUGUGGCAAAGCAUUCACUCGGAAUGCAUAUUUAUUGAACCAUAAACGAACUCACACAGGUGAAAAACCAUAUCACUGUGACAUUUGUGACAAAGUAUUCUCUCAGCAAGGUAAUUUAUUUGCUCACAAACGUUUGCAUGAGAGAGAGGCUAUAACUGUCUGAUGUUUGUGGUAAACAUUGUCAUAUUACAGCGUGGAAAGUGUUUAUAAGCCAUUUAAAAUAACACACAAAAACCGUUAGAUUCACUUCAACAUUUAAAUUUAAUUUGCCAAAAUAUUUUCGUCGCUUUGAGACCGCGACCUGUUCACUGACAAAAUUUUGUGCUGCAUCUCAAAGCGACGAAAAUAUUUUGACAAAUUAAAUCUAAAUGUUGAAGUGAAUCUAACGGUCUUUGUGUGUUAUUUUAAAUGGCUUAUAAACACCUUCCACGCUGCAAUUGUUUUCGUUCCAGCACACGAUCUCAGAUCAGGUCACGUGCUAUGCAAGUACAUCUCCGUAAUUGUCUUAUUAAUCCAUUAUUAAAUCUUGUAAACAGGACAAACUAUUACAAAAAAAAUAAAUGCCUGCUUAGGGUUACACACAUUCUGCACUGCAUACCCUCAACGAAAAAAAAUCCCAUCCAACUGACUGACAUGAAGUUUCCGAUACCCAGCCAACAAAUUUGCUGUCUCUCAUUUUUUUUCUGUUGAAACUAGCAAUCUCUGUUCUUUUGGAGUUUGAUUGUAUUGUCAUUUUCACAGGAGUCCUUUUCACUCACUCCUCUCUGAUCACUUAUGUCCCUUUCUUUAACCCUUUUGAUACCGACUCCUCCUGAGACCACCCCUGAUUCUAAGAUACAAACUCCUUGUUUUAAAAUGAGCUAAAUUUGAAUCUUUCAUCAAAAUUUUUUGUUAAUUUCUUUUGAAUCUUUCAUCAAAAUUUUUUGUUAAUUUCUUUUGAAUCUUUCAUCAAAAUUUUUUGUUAAUUUCUUCUUAAACACCAGCUAAAUUCUUCAUUAAUGUCAAAAAUAAUUGAAAUAAUCUAUUUCCAUAGAAAUCAUCAUUGUCAUUUAAUAUGGUAACGAAAGGGUUAAGCUUCACAUUAAACACUUUUCCUCAGUUCUUCCUCAAUAGAAUAGAGAUUUCACUAAAACUUAUUGUGAAAUAUCUUUGGGAAAAGGAUUGAACCAAAGGUUUUUUGUAUCUUUGUUGGUUAAUAUUUUGUAAUUUGUUUUGAAUUUUUUUCCCCAUUUUGAUGUAAAAAUUAAAGUAAUAAAAUAACCAGUUAUAAUUGUUAGCAUA